AUGGGCGAUUUAUUCCCUGCAUCCACCGUUAUCGCCACAGAUUUAUCGCCGAUUCAACCCGAUAACGUGCCCCCAAACGUCUUCUUUUACGUAGAAGACUCAACAGACCCAUGGGAUUUCUCUCACAAGUUUGACUACAUACAUACGCGCUAUACCGUCGGGUGCUGGGCAUCAUUUGAGGUUCAGAUUGCCCAGCAAGCCUUCGAGGCGCUUGAGUAUGGGGGCUGGCUCGAGUCUCAAGAGGUUGAUGGUGUUGUCUGUUGUGACGAUGGCACCCUAGGCCCUAACGAUUCAGUGGCCAUAUGGUUCAAAGACCUGGUGAUAGCAUCAGAUAUGCUAAACCGACCCGCUAUCAUGGGAGCCACUCUAAAACACGUAUUUGAAAGCGUCGGCUUCGUCGAUGUUCAACAGCGGGGCAUCAAAAUGCCGAUUGGCGGGUGGCCAAAGGACAAUAGGCUCAAGGAAGUCGGCUUGAUGUGGAGGGCAAAUCUUUUGGAGGGCUUAGCUGGCUUCUCGUACCAGUGGCUCAAUAGAGCAUUUAACCGCACGGUUGACGAGAUCAAUGUUUCCCUCGUCGAUGUUCGGCAGCACCUUGGUGAAACGACAACGCACGCCUACAUGCCUGGCUACAUUGUCUGGGGAAGGAAGCCCUAUCCAGGAGAAGUCUGA